AACGAUGUUGUUUUGCUUGUUUCGUAACGAGGGACACAAUUCAUUCCUCUCCCUCUCGUCGGUAAAGCAGCAGCGAUGGAGGCGGCCGCAAGAGCGCCGCCGGCCCCCCAAGGGCAGCAUCCUCCGCAGCUGGCGGAGGCUGUGGCUCCACCGAAGGUCGAGCGGCUGAAUCAGGUGGUGCAGCAGCAACUGAACCUGGAGUCGGUCAAGACCCGUGCGCUUGGCCUGUACAAAGCCAUCUCUCGCAUCCUUGAGGACUUCGAUGCCUUCGCCCGCGCCAACACUACCCCCAAAUGGCAAGAUGCACUUGGGCAAUUUUCUAUGGUGAGUAUGGAGCUCUUCAACAUUGUGGAAGACAUCAAGAAUGUAUCCAAGGCAUUUGUUGUCCACCCAAGAAAUGUAAAUGCUGAGAAUGCAACGAUACUGCCUGUGAUGUUGUCAUCAAAGUUGUUACCGGAGAUGGAAGCAGAGGAUAACACAAAGAGGGAGCAGUUAUUAUAUGGGAUAUCUGGUCUCCCUGUACACAUGCAAAUUGAGAAGUUAAAGGCUAGAAUUGACAUGAUUGGAGCAGCUUGUGAAGCUGCAGAGAAAGUCAUAUCUGACUGUCGUAAAGCCUAUGGACUAGGUUCACGUCAGGGAUCAACACUUGUUCCAACCUUGGAUAAGGUUCAAGCUGCAAAGAUUCAGGAGCAAGAGAAUUUACUUAGAGCAGCAGUGAAUUUUGGUGAAGGGUUACGGAUUCCAGUGGAUCAGAGGCAGCUUCCAGCUUCCCUUCCUAGUCAUUUAGUGGAUGUGCUCACAGUUGGUGAUGGUGCACAGACUUUUGGUGAUAGUUCUGGUUCUUACACCAAAAACACCCCUCCAUUUUCAUCCAAUAAUGUAAACACUCAAGGAAUACUGCAGACUCCUGGAGGGCAGUUGAUUGCAAGAUCUGUUCCCUCACCGUCCAGUGCUGCUUCAUUCGAUAAUGCAUCAACACCUCCUAUGCCAUAUGUUAAUUCACCUCGAUCCAGUACAAACAUAACAAAUACACCAUCACCACAGCAACAGGUGCAGCAGCAGCAGCAGCAGCAGCAGCAACAGAGGCAGAAAGUGAUGCAGUUACCUCAACAUCAGCAACAACUUCUGGUACAACAGCAGUUGAGACAAUCUUCAAGUACAGGGGUACUGGGUCAGGGCACAAUUUCCCAACUUCAUGAUUUACCAGGACAAACGCAGCAAAAGUUUCAACAGAUACCUGGACAGCAUCAAAUGUCAUAUUCUCAGCCAAUGUUGCAGCAGCAAUUUCAGAAUCGACAACUGCAAGCUUCACACAUGCAGCAUAAUAUGACACAAAAUCAGAUUAACCAAGUAAAUCUGAGGAGCCACUUAAAUCAGUACUCUGGAGCAAACAGUGCCUUGUACAAUGCUGCACAGACAUCGCCAAACUCUCAAAUGAUCACAAACAUGUCAGCUUCAAUGCAAUCUCAAUCACUUUUGCCCCGAAUGCAGUUUGGUUUAACUGGUGGGCAUCCCCAAAGAAAUCACCCAUCCCAGAUUUUGAAUGAUCAGAUGUUUGGCAUGGGUGCCUCAAAUCCUGCUAGUAUGGUGGCGAUUCAACAGCAACAACAAGGUGGGUUCGGAAAUAUCCCAUCCAAUACCCAGAACCUGCAACCUGGCAUGGUAAACCUUCCAAGUACGACGCAGAAUCCCAGCUUUCCACAGCAGAGACAGCAGAAUCAACAGUAGUUUAUGGACCAGACAGUCCCAGAGGCUCUCUUGUAGCGCAAUGGCUAGCAAAAAAGAAAGCUAUCACUAUGAUCAUCAGCAAUGAAACUAGAAAAUUGCCAAGCAGGUAAACCGAGUUUUAAUAAUUCAUUUGAUGCAUCUGUUUUCUUUGAGAUAAAUUGUCGGUUCUACACCAUGGGAAGAGAUGGAUGGUGUUUCUUUGUGCUCUGCUAUAGUCUCUCUCACGACAUCAGACAGACAAUGAUCCUUUUCAUGGUUUUAUGGGAUUUAACCAAAAUGGAACAAUCUGUUUGUAAUAUUUGAACUUUCAGUGGAACUGAGCAGCAUCAUUAUUCAUGAAGUGUAGAUUUUCACUGUGUCUGAGAUGAUCAGGCUGCUCUUGUUUUGCA